AUGUCCUGCCAGAGGGAGUCCCGUGGCAGCAGAGGCCCCAGGCUGGGCCAGGUGCUGGCUGCGGAGGGUUCCUGCCAGGCGUAUGUCUCACCUGCCGGCAGGCCCGCUGGGGGAGGAUUGCUUUGCAGCUCCCUGAGCCGGUCCCCUGGGGGGAAGCAAGGAGCUGCCUCAUGGGUGAUGAGGGCACCCAGCAGCCCACUCCCUGCACCAGCAGCCAGGCCUGAGGGUGAGGCUGGACACCUGCACGCAGUAGGGCCACAUCUUCAGACAGGAGGGUUGAAGUAAAGACCAGGUGGGCAGUGCAGGUGAGUGUUGCAGGUAAGUGGUGUUCUGGGAAACCUUCAUCUUGGUUACCCUGGGGCACAAUGACAGUCAUUACCAUGGGUCACAGUUGGUUUGGGAGCCACUGCAGGUUGCCUGAGGCUCAGCUGGCAAGAACAGCGAAAGCUCUCAGCACUCACAUGUCCGUCCUUGUCCACUGAGUCAGUGUUCUGGUGGAGGUCACUGAUAGCCCAGAGGGUUCUUGAGGGGGUGGAGGGAAGGUUGAAGCAGGGAGGGAGACCCCCUUCCCAUCCCUCCAGUGUGGUCCUGCUGGCCAGCUCCCUCCCUGGCUUCCCCAGAAGGGGCGGCCUUUGGAAUUCUGCACCCUGUCCCUUCCAGAUGGGCUGGGCACAGGACGACGGGAGGUCAUUUGUGGGCCUCAUCCCUAGGCAGACAGGAGGAAGCCACAUCCCAGUGUGCUGGGGCAGAGGGACCCCUGGGUCCUGACAGGUGCCUAAUCAGUGGGUGCCAGGCGAUGCCAUCCCCAGAGUGGGAGUGACGUUUCCCUGGGCCCUGUUACCGGUUAAAGAGUCCUCAGCACGUUCCUCAGGUUAACGUGUAACCACAAGCUCUCCCCUCCGCCCCCGGAAGCCAGCAGCUCCCAGACAGAGGCUGCUCUGGGGCCGCCACAGGCCAACAUGGACGCUGGCAAGGAGGGGCUGCCCCUGAGGGUCCACUGCUUAGUCCAACCCCUGAACAUCUGCAGGUGGCUGAGCCCCUUCUUCCUCACCUGCUCCAUCUACUUCCUGCUCUGGAUUCCCGAGGACCAGCCGUCCUGGGUCAGCGCCCUGGUCAAGUGCCUGCCCGUCCUCUGCCUGGCCGCGUUCCUGUGGGCUGUGCCUUCGGGCGGGGACUACGUCUGGCUCCUCCAGGCAGCCCUUGUGUGCUCGGCCGUGGGGGACGCCUGCCUAAUCUGGCCUGGGGCCUUCCUCCCUGGCGUGGCUGCCUUCGCCUUGGCCCACGUCCUCUACUCCUGGGCCUUUGGCUUCUCGCCCCUGCGGCCAGGAUUGCUGCUGCUCAUCAUCCUGGCCGCCGUCCUAUGGCACAGCUUCCUGCAGCCGCACCUCGAGCCUGGCAUGGUCCUGCCCAUGGCGGCCUACCAGCUGGUCCUGAGCGUCAUGCUGUGGCGGGGCCUGGCCCGGGGCGGGACUGCCGGCUGGGGUGCCCUGCUCUUUGCUGUCUCUGACGCCGUGCUGGCCUGGGACACCUUCGCCCAGCCCGUGCCCCACGCCCGCCUGGUGACCAUGAGCACCUACUAUGCCGCCCAGCUCCAUAUCACGCUGUCAGCCCUUGGGAGCCCGGGGCCCAAGACCGACUGACUCGGGAGCCAGCCGGGCUGGCGUCCAUGCCCCGCCCUCCUGCAAGGACCCCCACGCCGACCCCGCCUGAGAAAUGCCCUCGCCCGGGAAGCUUCCUGACUCCACUGGGCCAUCUCAAGAUGUUUGGGGACCAUUUGUGGAAUUCAAAGUCUGCUGCCAGGUUCUGGCCACCCUCCCUCAGUUCUGACUCCAGAUUCUGGGCUCUGCAGCCAGACCCACCCUGGGCCCUCCCCAGCUCCUGCCUGCUGCUGUGUUCCCUGUCGGCCCCCAUGGUCGGUCAGCCAGCCCCUCCCCGCUGCUGUCAGUCUGC